UUACAGUAAUAGCUCAGGUCCAAAAUGUGAUUCGUUUUAGGUGCCCCAGGUGGUUAUUUACAGAUCCAGGCCUAAAAUUCGUAAUUCCCUUUUAAGAGUAAAAUUACUUCUAGAAAAAUAAAUCCAAAGUUAUUAUACCAGGGCUCUAGAUAAGACCUGGUGAGAAGCUAUUUGAGAACUAUAAAUGCCUGGUGAUAAAAAGUAUCCUGUAAGUUGCAAACUAACGCCCUGACAUUACCAUGGUUACUAUAAAGCCUAAGGCGCUAGACCUCGUUCCUGCUGGGAAAGUCCCGCCCCACAAUACAAAGGCCAAUGGUGUGCCUGGUAACGAUGGCGUAUGCAAGAAAAACAGCCCCUGAGCCAAUGGGGCACGUCGUUUCUAGGGUUCCCGCCGGAAGAACGCCUUGGCGUCUCUGAGGCUCCAGCGGUUGCUAUGACUCCCUGGGCUCUAUAGGCACCUGCAGCUCGGUGUGGAGCGGCGCAGGAGCAAAGCGACCUGGGACCCUCACCGUACUUUUUAGAAGACGAUUUGUGGCCUGCUUCCUGAGGUACCCGUCUCAGCUCCAAGGAGGAAAGCGUCUCUUCUCCGCUCUUUUUUCACCAUUCCAGGCCUUUACCGCUUCUCUCCCCAGAAUGGCUCGAAACUACCGGGGAAAGCUUCUGCCCUAGCGCGGCCUUUCUAGCCACGGGCUGGAGUGAUUCUGCCUGAAGGAUUCGCCCGUUUCUGGGACUCAGAGCCACAGGCAUUUCGAACUAGGCUGCCGCUCUUAUUUAGACAGGGCUUAGAACACUCCCAGUUAGGCGUUUUGCUUUGUUUUGUUUUGUUUUGUCCUCAUUUUACUGACGAAGACUCACCCUUGCACAGACGACUGGGUCUAAAGCCCCCGGCCAUUAACCAAGUCACGGAGCCACGGCUCUCCCCGGCUGUGAACAAAGAACUGCCGUUUUCUGCUUUGUUGCCCUGUGUUCGUCAUGCAGAACCUCACGUAAUUCCCGUUGAAGCUUGGAGGCCUUUUGAAUUCUCAGCAUCAGACGUCAUCAAGGAGAAGUUCAGUUAGAGGGUGUCCUUCACCAUCUCGAGAAAGAAUUGAAUGCUACUACAGAAGACCAACUCUGUUUUGUCUGGCACCCAUUCUAGUACAGUGAGACGUGCUGAGGACUGCUUCCAGAAAUCCUGAAGAACUUUCAGAGAAAGGCAUGGAAGACAUGAAAGAAGUGGGAAAUUAUGCAAACCAUGUCUGUAAUUUGCCGGAGGGAAGAGAAUCACUUUCUCACGAUUAUGAAAACAAAAACAAACAUCUCAGGCAUGAGUUCAAAGAGCUCCAACUCAAACAGGAAGCGCAAAUAAAGGAGGUUGAAGAAAUGUUGUAUCAAGAGGGCUCUGAAAUAGCUCUGAGUAGCCCCAGUGAACAGAUUACAUACUUACGGGUAGAAAGAAGUAAACUCUUGAGUACACUGGCACUUGCGGACUCAAAGCCAGAGCCACAGAGAUGUCUGAGCAGUAACCUACAGAAAGAAUUUCCCCAGUUCCAUAACAAAGACACAGAAGAAGAUGAAACAUCACAAAACUGCAUAGAGGGAGAUGUGGAACAAAUAGCAAAGAGGUUAAGGAUGGCCCAUGAGGAAAUCCGAAGGCUUGCUGAUGAACUGCAAGGGAAUGAGAAGGAACAGACUAAAUUAGAUACUGCACUUGAGAAGGCUCAACUAGAAAUUGAGGAACUCAAAGAAAAUUUGAUAAAACUGAAAGAAAAUGAUUCAAUUGACCUAAAGAAAACAAAGGAAUAUAAUCAGAGACUGAAUGAGGAAAUUCUGGCUUUAAGAACUCGGGUUCGAUCACUGGACUCAGAAAAAAAAAUGCUUGGGGAAGUGGUUGAAAGGCUUAAAGGAGAGAUUCGUGAAUCUCAAGAAAGUAAGCCACUUGGAAACCACUCCACUGGGAAAACUGUGGGUGCUGACCAGAAAGUACAGAUAUUGAAAAUGAGCCAAGAAAAAAUUGAAAUAUUUGAAAGUGAGUUGUCAGAAGAGAGAGAAGGGAGAAAGCAAUUGACAUCUGAUCUUACUACUGUACAGAAGGCUUUGGAAGUUGAAAGUGAGGAAUUGCAAAAAUCAAAGUCAGAACUUACAUGCCUUUAUAAUGAAAUUCAGAGUCUUCCAGAGGCAGCAGGAGAUCAUUAUUUAGUAGCAUAUAACCUGCUACAAAGAGAGAAUUCUGAGUUAGAAACAAAGGUCUUGAAGCUUGUACAAGAAUUUGAACAACUAAAUCAUUUUACUUUAGGGACAAAUACUGCAGCUGCUAAUUUAAUCACAAGAGAAAAUACCUGUAAAGAUCUCAUGUCUAAAGUACCAGUUUCGGAAGUAGACAUUCAAAGCCCAAAGGAAGAGAGAGAGGAACUCUGUCCUGAACUAGGAGAGAGUAAGCAGGAGGAAAUUCCAGAGGAGACAGUAGAGGAAGGCACUUUUCCAAGAGAGAGGCAGAAAGAGGAAGUCUCGCAACAGAACCAAGAUAUGGAAAGUGAAGAGCAGCAAUUGACCUUGGAGCCUAAGAAUGUUGUGAGGCUUAGCGGAGAACUGAGUCAUGUAAAUCAGAGCCUCCUGCAGUCUCAGAGCUCUGGGAGCACUGAGAGUCUAACAUCUGGAGAAAAACUGAAAUACCAACACCAAGAGGAAAUACAACAGCUUCGUCAGAAUUUGCACCGGCUUCAGACUCUAUGCAACUCAGCUGAAAAAGAGCUUCGGUAUGAGCGGGGAAAGAACUUGGACUUGAAGCAACAUAACAGCUUACUUCAGGACGAAAACAUUAAGAUCAAAAUUGAACUGAAACAGGCCCAGCAGAAGUUAUUAGACAGCGCCAGGAUGUGCUCUUCACCCCCAGCAGAGUGGAAGCACUGUCAGCAGAAAAUCAAGGAACUGGAGCUGGAAGUACUUACACAGGCUCACAGCAUUAAAUCACAGAACAACCUGCAGGAAAAGCUGGCUCAGGAGAAAUCUAAAGUUGCUGAUGCAGAGAAAAAGAUUUUGGAUCUGCAGCAGAAAUUAGAAUAUGCUCAAAAAGUCUGUCGCAUAGAUGCUUGUAGUCUGGAAAAGAAGCAACUCCGGGAAAGGACAAGAGAAGCCGUGGAAAAUGAAGCUAAAAGAAAGCAACAAUAUCAGGAAGAACAACAGAAGCGGAACCUCCUAGAUCAGGAUAUAAAUGAGCUACAAAAGAAAGUGAAGAUCUUGCAGGAUAAAGAGAAUACACUGGAAACAACCAAUUCUCAGCAACAAUCCAGAAUUCAGCAACUAGAGGCCCAACUUAAACAACUGGAGAAUGAAAAAAUAAAAUCUGAUGAGAAUCUCAAGAGCAACCAGGAAUUGUCAGAGAAGGUGUCUGGGCUGCAGCAGGAGAAUGAAGCUCUAUGUAAAGAAUAUGGGAAAUUUUUGAAGCAGUUUGAUGCCUAUGUAAGAAACUAUAAUAAAAAAUGUCAUCAUCACAAAACCAAGCUUCACAGAGUCAAGAGUCAUUUCAUUCAUGAAGUAGAGCUACGCGAUAAGAGAAUUAACCUACUUGAAAAUGAAAUUGGAAUACUGCGGCAAAAAUUAGAAAAGGAGAAGGCAUUCCAGGACCAGAUCACUGCCCAAAAUGAUAACCUGUUCCUAGAAAACAGAAAACUUCUGGAGCAGCUCGUGGAGCAGGAAAAAGUGAUCCAUGACAACAAGUGCAUGAUAUCUUCAGUCCAGCACAGAGUACUUUCUCUGGAUAAAGAAAAUAAGCAAUUACAGGAAAACAGUCUCCGGCUCACAGAGCAGGUUGGCCUCUUGGAGCGCAUUGUAAGAAGCAUCCAGAUUUGCAGAGGAGAGGAAACAAUACUUAGUGGCAUCUCUGAAUAUGAAGUACUGAAUAAAAUCCUGCCCCUACCAAACUCCAGUACUAAAACCUUCCAGUGCCUUCUCCCCUCACCACUGCUUCAUACCCACACCUGACAAAAUCCUGACUCACAGCAGAAGAUAACCCACAAACAUAAAUUUAAGUCUUUCUGGAACAGGUUUGGUAGAGUCCGUUGGAAGUCUGUAAGAGACUAAAGAACAUAUGUCAGAAGCAGUGGCACACCCCAGGCCCCUCGAGGCUCUACUGUUCACAGAAUCCUGAAGCUGGACGCAUACAAAUACGUGGCUUCUCUGAAAGAGACACGUCACCUCUAAAACCAGACUGGCCAAAGCUGCUAACUUCAAGCCCAUGAGAGCGAAGGUGGAACAUGACGACACUGAGCAGGAUAACGAUAGAUUCCCCACUGAUCAUGUCAUCAAGCAGGAACCUCAAAAAUUGCUGAUAAAUUCAUUAAACCAGAUCCAAAAAUUGAUUUCUCAAGUUUGUUUGAUAUCCUCAAGUGAUUGUAUUGAGCAACACAGUGACUUAAGUUGGGUGGUUUAAUUGGGUUUAUGUUCAGCAGAACACACACAUGGUUAGUUCCACAUCCUUUCCUAUUUUCAUGGGUAUUUUCUUUUUUUUUUAAGUUAAAACAAUAUAAUCACAUUAAAGCAAAUAUUUUAAAAAGAAAAAACUGCCCUACAAACCCACAUUCUUAACACUACUGUUUCCCUUUUGGAGUUAUUCCCUUCUGGUUCUUACUCAAAUUCACAUAUUUUAAUUGGUUAUUAUAUUGUAUUUUCAUAGUCUGAUUUUUAAUUUAAUAUACUGCAAAACACUCUCCCAUAUUUAAACUCUCCGUAAUUAUUCUUUCAAUAGCCAUGUGAUAUUGUAUCGUGUUGAUGUUCUACACAUUCUCUUCUUAUUUAACAUCCAAGUUGUUCCUACGUUUUCACUAUUUAUAGAUUAUGUUGCAGUGAAAGUCUUUGUGAACUUAACUCUUUUCUUCUCUUAAGUUAAUCCAGAAAACAAAUUCAGAAGAUUGGCAUAAUUGGGUCAAAGGAGAUAAAUGUUAUAUGGUUUGGGUACACACUUGUCUCAUUGCUUUAAAAAAGCUCGUGUCAACACACUGUUUCUACAGUCAACUUAUGAGCCUCAAUCUCUUGAUACAUACAAUGGGAACAACAGUAGUUCCUAUCCCAUAGAGUCGUGAGGACCAAACAAAAUGAAGCAUGCAUUUUGCACUGAGUAACUGCUUAACCAAUGCUAGAUAUCUUUAUUUAUUUUCACUUGCAGUUUGAGUGUACUAGUUUUUCUACAGUCUCAUCAACAUUGUAUAUUAUCAAUUAGAAAAUGUAUUCUAAAAUAGUUGGCAUAAAACUAUACUGAAGGGUGAUUCCUGCUGCUCCUUCUUCCCUUCCUCUUUUCCUUCCUUAUCCUCCUUCUCUUCUUUCUCCAUCUUCAGUUGGAGAUAGAGAGGGAGACCAAGGGGAUGGGGGGAAGAACAGGAAUAAAAGAGACCCCAUAAGUUGAAACAUA